CUUCACAUCACAACCAAAGCAUAACAAAAAAGAAAGCACACAUCCCAGAAAAACCCAGAAGCUCAAACUUGCUUCUUUGUCCUAAACACCACCAAAGAAAAUGAAAAUGAAAGCGAAGGGCAUUUUGGUAAUUUUGGCACUGGUGGUGCUGGCAGUGGCGGUGGAGUCUGACCCGGACACGGUGACUAAGGUGAAGACGGUGCGUGGCAAGAAGGUGUGUACCAAAGGUUGGGAGUGUAAUCAGUGGUCACAGUUUUGCUGUAAUGAGACAAUCACUGAUUACUUCCAAGUGUAUCAAUUUGAGGAAUGGUUUUCCAAGAGGAACACGCCUGUGGCUCAUGCCGUUGGGUUCUGGGACUUCCAGUCGUUCAUUCUUGCUGCUGCGCAGUACGAGCCACUUGGGUUUGGGACCACUGGUAACAAGACUGAGAAGAUGAAGGAGAUCGCUGCUUUUCUUGGCCAUGUUGGGAGUCAGACUUCUUGUGGUUAUGGAGUGGCAACUGGAGGACCGUUAGCUUGGGGGCUUUGCUUCAACAGAGAAAUGAGUCCCAGCCAGUCAUACUGUGACGACUUCUACAAAUACACCUACCCUUGUGCUCCUGGAGCUGAAUACUAUGGCCGUGGUGCCUUGCCUAUCUACUGGAACUACAACUAUGGUGCAGCUGGUGAUGGUAUUAAAGCAGACCUGUUGAACCAUCCAGAAUACGUUGAGCAGAAUGCUACCAUUGCUUUCCAGGCCGCAAUUUGGAGGUGGAUGACCCCAAUCAAGAAGUCACAGCCUUCAGCCCAUGAUGCCUUUGUUGGCAACUGGAAGCCUACCAAGAAUGACACUCUAUCUAAGCGUGUUCCUGGUUUUGGUGCCACAAUGAACAUCCUUUAUGGGGAACGUACUUGCGGCCAAGGUGAUAUUGAUCCUAUGAACACCAUCAUUUCCCAUUACCUAUAUUACCUUGACCUUCUCGGUGUUGGCCGAGAGCAGGCAGGGCCCAGUGAAGUGCUCUCUUGUGCAGAGCAGGUUGCAUUUAACCCUGUCACCACUGCCAACACCGCAACUUCUUGAGCUCUACAAGAUGAUUACUAGGUAGCCUAUUUUAUUGUUGGAUUGAUCCUCUCCAAGAGGGAAGUGUUAAUAAGAGUUGGCAAUGAUGAUAUUAUACUCAGGCCACAAUUAUAAUGUGUGGAGUUAUUUGUCGGUGCCCUUCGUUAUUGCUGUAAUGUGUAGAUUUUGAGGUCCAUUUAUUUCUACCUGGUAUGAUGUUGUGCAAUAUAUGUUCACUACGAACCAUCUUCUUGUUAUCUAUGUUUCAAAUACAAAUUUGUAAAGUUAAAAAAUUACAAUUUGUCUUAUUUAUAAAUUCUGGUCUCAAUUAA